AUCACAAAUCUCUUUGUUUUUCAUCUCUCUAACUCUCUUUCAAAAAAUGGCGUCCACAAAUGUUGAAUUCACUUGCUAUGUUGGCAAUUUGGAGUCAGACACAGAAGAAAAUGAUCUUAAGAAUGCAUUUUCUCAGUUUGGCGACGUUAUAGCUUCUAAGGUUCGAUUUUCUUUUCACUUUUCCCGCAUUGGUAUUGUAUUUUUAUUCAUUUAUAAUUUGGUUAUCUUUGAUUCACAGGUCAUUCGCGAAAGAGAUUACGAAAGUGAUUAUGAGUAUUAUGAUUCUGAAGACGACUAUGAAUGUGAGAGUUCAGUCUACAUGACAACGAGGAAGGUAUAUGGAUUUGUUACUUUUAAAGAUGAGAAAUCAAUGAAGGAUGCCGUUAAGGGAAUGAACGGUAAGAAGCUCGGGUUAAAGACCAUUAAUGUUCAAGAGUCUCACUCAUCUCGCAGGAGUCGUCGUCAUCAUGAUGGUGGACGUGUUGGUUCGAAAAGGACUUAGAAGAUCAAAAUGGUUACAUAAGAAAUAAGGUUUAAGUCUUUGUAACCAUUAUCUUUAGUAUUGAUCAACAUUUCUAGAAGGUGGUGCUUUGAAUAAAGUAGUUAUAAUUUGAGAAGUUAUCAAUAAAAUCUCUCUUUUUUUAAUUA